AUGCCAGGCCAAAUUGUUAGCAUCCCCUUCCUGUCUCAAGUUGAAGACAUGGACAAGUACUUGCUGGAAUACAGGAGCCUCAAAUUAAUGCCCCAGAACGCGGCGUCGUUCACGCAGCACCAACAGCAGCUACGCUAUAAUAAUUCCAACAGGGGGGCAAGCAAUAACAAUGGGAACAACAGCAUGGGAACAAACUUGCAAAAUGGGCGCAAGAAGAUCAUGGGUAAUAUUAAUGGCAUUCAGGGCUACAGGUUUAAUAAAAACAUCCCAAAGUUUGGGCAACAGCCUCAACAGCAGCAGCAGCAGCAGUCGCAACAGCAGCAGUCGCAACAGCAGCAAGGUGUCUCUGGCGUUUCAACUUUUAAGCAGGCCUACCCUCAAGUUUUUUACGGAUCCUCCAAUAACAGUGCGACGUCAUUGGCUCCGCAGGUGGCUUCGCCCACUAUGUACGGUUCAUCUGCGCAACCAAAUCAGCAGUUCAUGACAGCAAGCUCUUCGUCGAGCUCCACGCCACCUCCUAGAUUGCAUGUUUCUGUAAGCGGGGCGUCGUCUAUUUCUUCUCUCGGCGGGGAAUUUGACUAUUUAUUACCUAACGAUUUGAAUGGGCAACUGAUGCCAUCGGCGACUGCGCAGGUUCCUCAGCCGCCAGCCUUGAACUGUGUUUCUAGUUCUGCCUCCAUGAGUGGUACCUAUUUGGAUCCUGUUCCCGCCGCGCCUUCCGCCGGCUUCAAAAUGAACGGUGGCAUUUCUAGUUCUAACGAUUUUAUCAACGGUUUACCUUCCUCCUUAUUAUCGGAGGGAGCUGCCGCCUCAGAAUUUAUUGGAAUGAACGGAUCAAACUCGUUGUUCAACGCGAACUCGAUCAACUCAUCUGUUGGCGCGGCCGCAGGAUUGGCCCCUUCAAACAAUUUUAUGAUGCACAAUUCGAAGAACUGGGGUACAAACAACCCAAGUUCUUCCUCUACUUCUGGAUCUUUCGGCAUCUGGAACAAUGAUAUGAGCGUAUGGAGCUAG